CCGCUUAGUUCUGAGACGGGCGGGAUGUAACAGUGGUGUCAACGGGAUGAUACGGAAAUAGGCGAGGCGGUGCUCCAGUGUAUGUGGUGUCGGAUGAGUGUAAUUUAUCGAUAAUUUAUAUAUCAUGGAACUGAAAUCCGUUUUGACAGUGACUCUUUAUUUAAUAUAUGCUGCUAAUGCAGACCACGUGACCUAUAAAAAGGUCUGCUACUACACCAACUGGUCCCAGUACCGCGAUGAUGUUGGCAAAUUCCUGCCAAAGGAUAUAGAUCCAUUUCUGUGUACGCACGUGAUUUAUGCAUUUGCAAAACUCUCCGGGAACCGCAUAGUGCCCCAGGAGUGGAAUGAUGAGACAGUUCCAUGGAAGAAAGGCUUAUAUGAACAGGUAACAGACCUGAAGAAAAUAAAUCCAAACUUGAAGGUAUUACUCUCGGUGGGAGGGUGGAGUGCUGGAGGAAAGAAUUUCUCAGAUAUGGCGGCAACCGAAGCGGGACGAAAAGAAUUUGCUUCCAGUACAGUUACUUUUCUACGAAAGAGAUUUUUCGAUGGCGUCGACAUUGACUGGGAAUUUCCGGGAAGCUUAACUAGAAGUGGUGGAUCCAAGGACAAAGACAACCUCUCUCUUCUAUUAAAGGAGGUCAGUACUGUGUUCAAUAGGGAGGUGAGAAAUCCAGCCCGGAAAAGGUUGCUGCUGUCUAUAGCAGUGCCGGCCAGCCAGGAUAAAAUCGACCAGGGCUACAAGGUGUCCGACGUGUCCUUAUAUUGUGACAUGAUAAACGUGAUGACAUACAACUACCAUGGUAUGUGGGAAAACACCGUCGGUCACCAUAGCGCACUAUUCAAACGAAACGACACAACGGGAUACCAGUCCAAGCUCAAUAUGGCAUGGACGAUAAACUACUGGAUACGUAAAGGGGCUCAAGCCAAUAAACUCAUCGUCGGGUUUGCACAGUAUGGUCGCGGAUUUACCCUAACUGAUCCAAAUAAGAAAGCACCCGGCGAUCCUUCUAGCGGAGGAAGUGUGAGUGGCUCUUCCACAAAAGAAACAGGCUUCCUGGCGUACUAUGAGAUCUGUAAGAUGUUAAAAUCCGGAGCGGUGGUAACGUGGGAUGACGUACAGAAAGUUCCACAUCUCGUGCUUGGAAAUCAGUGGGUCGGCUUCGAUAACGAGCGAAGCAUCAAAGAAAAGGUGAAGUGGUUAAAGAACGAUAGGUUCGGCGGAAUCAUGGUAUGGGCACUUCCAUUGGACGACUUCACAGGGAAGCAUUGUGCUCAGGGUGAAACGUACCCUAUCCUACGGAGUAUUAUACGCGAGCUCAACAGGCCGGACAGGGCGACAGAACAAUUACCCAUAUCGUCUGAUGGUCUACCACCAGCGUCAUCACAGCAAAUCAUUCCGGAUCAAGUGCAGAGUGAUGCCGUAGUAACAACAGAUACAAUGCAAGGUGUUCCACUCGUUAGCUUGUCGUCAAGCAAAGCGAUAGUUCGUUUGGAAAAUGCGAAGGAUCAGAGUGGCCCAGUAGUUACAGUUAAAGAACAAAACAAGCAGUUAAUCGAGGCGAUUGCAAGUCCACGUAAAACCGGUACAAAACCAACUACAGUUAUGAGCGACCCUAUAAAGGAAGUUUUAAGCGAUGUUAUCGUAAAUCCAGAUAAGGUUUCAGCCAUGAAAGUUAAAUCGAGUGAUCAAAAACAACUUUUAAAAACAUCUUCAAUGAAAAACGAGCCGUUGGUGAACGUGGCUGCAAGUAAAAUUAAAAAUCAUAAAAAAACUCCGAAAACUGACGGAAAAGCGCAAAAGGGACCGAUAGUGCACGCAGCAAGCGCACAAGUAGAAACUAUAGUAAAAAGCAAACCUGCUAUUGAUGCAAAAGUUCCCAUAGCCACAGCUACAAUUCUGAGCGAUUCUUUAACUAAAAAUAAUCAAGACCAAAGCGGUGUCAUUGGGAAAGCAAAAGUUUUAAAUGAGGUAGAGUUAACACAGGACAAAAGCAAGGCAACACCUAAUGCGAAAAAGACAAAGAUUACAGAUACAGGUAAAACUGACCCGCUUGUUAAAACUGUCGUGAAAGCAAGUCCAACCAUUUUGCAGGCUGACAACAAAAAAAUAGUUGGUACCAAUUUAAAGAAAACAGUAACCAAAAUGAAGACGUCAGCUCAUACAAAAUCAGGAAACGAUACUGACUUUGGUACACGUUUAAGUUCUGCUAUAGUAACAAAAGGAACAGCCUCAAAGAAGAUAGGAAAUUCCGUUUUUACAGAGGGGCAGCCGGUGUAUAGUGCCCCGGAUGUAAACGAUCUGCGUUUGACUUCCCGCGAUUCUGGAGCUGCAGGAUUGGCAGAAAAAAAGACAGUCCUUACCGAUCUCAAAGAUAAAAAACAAACACAGCCUAUCAUUCAAAAAGAUGUAUCGGCCAUAAAAGUAGCGACAAAUGAAAUGAACGAUGCUACCACAACGAAAGAUCAAUCAAAAGAACUGCAUAACACAUCCGGCAUUGAAAGUGCAAUGAAAACUACCAAAGAUUCAAUUGAUCUUACUGCAUCUGGUAAAAUUCAAAUAGAAAAAAAAAAAGCAAAACAAAUCAUGUCGUCGUCAUCAACAAAAUUACCAAAUGACCAGACUGGAACAAACAGGGAAAGCAAAACUCAUUCGGAACCCGGAAAAGGAAAGGAGAAAGUUUCAUCGGUUAUUACUGUUAAGCCUCCUGUUAACGCUGGAGAAAACAAUUCUAAAUUCACAUCAAGAAAAUUACUUCAAAUGAGUGAUAAUGAAGGGAUGAAUGGCGGCGGACUAGGAAAUAUGAUCAGUUCGUUAUUUGGAAUGAUGUCUGGUUUUACAAGUGGUGGGAAUGGCAGACAACCAGCACAGGAACCACGGGACGAGCUGUUUCCAACAGCUUCAACAGUCACUGAGAUUCCACCAUCAUUCAACGCAGGAUCCAACGAUAAUAAUCGACUUUCUCGGCAAAGACAACGAUUCCUGAACGAUAGGCGGGAACGCCAACCUAAUUCUCGGGAUCGGCCAGCGAUCGCAACCAACAAUAGAGAAAGAUCAACUAAUUCAUUAGCAUUAGAUCGUGCAAGAAAUACAAGGGAUCGAUCUUUAGCUAGAAAUGGAAGAGAAAGAUUAGGCGUAGCUGUAGAUCGGUCAUCAAAUAUUCGUAAUCGAUCGAAUCAACCUCCUGUUGAUACACUAACUGAUGUCAGUCCUUUACCUCCCACUGCCAACCCAUUUGAUAGCAUUGACAUACUAGACCCGAGAGACAGAGGAGGAAUAUUUUCACCUUUAAUGGGUGGACGUAAUGUAGAAAUUCAGGAAAGAUUGAGGGGAAGACAAGUAGAGGACACACGUACAGCUCGGGAGAGAUUUCUAGAUGCAAUGAUUUUAGCUGAACAGUUACCAGACCCUCGUCCGAUCGAUUCACAAAACGGUAUUCGGUCAAGAGAUCAAAUUAGAGAUCCUGCACUAAUACGUUCUCGCGAACCUGGCUUAGUGGAAACAUUGCGUAGGCGUAUGUCAGAUGCAGGACGUUCUCGCGGGAAUACAGGAGUGGCGACUAACAUUCAGACCCCCGAAAGAGGUCGCGGGCGCGUCCUGGCUGAUACAAGACAAUCCAUCGGCGUAAAUUCAAGAAAUUCUAAUUUACGGCGAAAUAUUGCAGGAACUGAUCGACAACGCAGUGUAAUUGGUAUUCAGAGCCAAGGGAGGGACCGCCAACGGAAUGCAGUAGGAGUUGGACCUAGCAGAAGACGAAACAAUGCAGUAGGCGUUCAAGAUAUAGGAAAUGAGCGUCAGCGACCAUCGAUAGGAGUUCAAAAUGUUGGUAAUGACCGUCAGAGAACGAGUGUAGGCGUUCAAAGUACAGGAACCGGUACCGACCGACGAACAAGAACAGGGGUUCAAAGCACAGCAGCAAGUCGUCAACGUACAAUGAUCGGAGUUCAGGGAUUAGGUCAAAGAACAGCAAUAGGUGUUCAAAAUACUGAUCGACAAAGGUCACUAAACGGACAAGGUACAGGAAAUGAUCGUCAACGAUCAACGGUAGGAAUAUCCCUUCAAAAUGGAAGGGGAGGCCGUCAGCGGCCAGCAAUAGGAGUUCAAGGACCAUCAAAUGACAGACAAAGAACAGGUACUGGAAUUCAAAAUAGUGAUCGUCAAAGAACAGCGGUUGGAAUUCAAGGCUCAACAAAUGAUCGUCAAAGAACAGCGGUUGGAAUUCCAGGCUCAACAAAUGAUCGUCAAAGAACAGCCAUUGGAGUUACAAAUGUUGGUCGUCAAAGAACAUCGUUAGGUGUUCAACGCUCAGGUAAUGACCGUCAAAGAACAUCAAUUGGGGUUCAAAGCUUAACAAAUGAUCGUUCAAGACCAGCCGUUGGAGUUACAAAUGCUGGUCGCCAAAGAUCAGCGAUAGGUGUUCAACGUUCAGGAAAUGACCGACAAAGAACAUCAAUUGGGGUUCAAAGCUCAACAAAUGAUCGUUCAAGACAAGCCGUCGGAGUUACAAAUGCAGAUCGACAAAGAACAGCGAUCGAUGUUCAACGUUCAGGAAAUGACCGACAAAGAACAUCAGUCGGAGUUGAAGGCUCCACAGACGAACGCCAAAGAGUAACCGUCGGAGUUCAAAAUGCAGAACGGCAAAGAACAGCGAUUGGCGUUCAACGCGUUGGAAAUGACCGUCAACGAACGUCAGUUGGAGUUGACGGCUCCACAGCCGAGCGACAAAGAACAGCAGUCGGAUUUCAAAAUGGAGAUCGGCAAAGAACAGCGAUUGGCGUUCAACGCGUUGGAAAUGACCGUCAACGAACGUCAGUUGGAGUUGACGGCUCGACAGCCGAGCGACAAAGAACAGCAGUCGGAGUUCAAAAUGCAGAUCGGCAAAGAACAGCGGUUGGCAUUCAGCGCGUUGGAAAUGACCGUCAACGAACGUCAGUAGAAGUUCGUGGUGGAACAAACGAUCUUCAAAGAACAGCCGUUGGAGUUACAAACGCAGGUCGUCAAAGAACAUCGAUCGGUGUUCAACGUUCAGGAAAUGAACGUCAACGAUCAUCAGUAGGAAUUCAGGGCCCGGUAACCGAUCGCCAAAUACCACCGAUAGGCGUUCAAAACAUUGAUCGACAAAGAUCAGCGAUUGGGGUUCAGCGUUCUGGAAAUGACCGUCAAAGACUUUCAGUUGGAGUUGAAGGGUCCACAGCCGAUCGCCAAAGACCAUCGAUAGGAGUUCAAAACGCAGAUCGACAAAGAACAGCGAUUGGUGUUCAACGUUCAGGAAAUGACCGUCAAAGAACAACAAUUGGAGUGGAAGGCUUGACAAACGAACGCCAAAGAAUGGCCAUUGGCGUUGCAAAUGUAGAUCGUCAAAGAACAGCGAUAGGUGUUCAGCGUUCUGGAAAUGAACGCCAACAGUCAUCAGUAGGAAUUCAAGGUUCAGUAACCGAUCGCCAAAGACCAUCGAUAGGUGUGCAAAACAUUGAUCUGCAAAGAACAGCAAUUGGUGUUCAACGUACAGGAAGUGACCGUCAAAGAACUGUUAUUGGAGUUGAAGCCUCGCCAGACGAACGCCGAAGAACAGCCGUUGGAGUUUCAAAUGCAGAUCGACAAAGAACAGCGAUUGAUGUCCAACUGUCGGGCAUUGAAGGUUUACGAACAUCAGUGGGAAUUCAAGGUAUGUUAUCCGAUCGCCAAAGACCAGCGUUUGGCAUUCAGAAUGCAGAUCGACAAAGAACAGCGACAGGUGUUCAACGUUCAGGAAAUGAUCGUCAGAGAACAUCAGUAGGAAUUCAAGGCUCGACAAACGACCGUCGAAGAAUAGCCGUUGGAGUUCAAAAUGCAGAUCGGCAGAAAACAGCGAUCGGCGUUCAACGCGUCGGAAAUAACCGCCAAGGAACAACAUUUGACAUUAAUGAUCUUCAAAGAAAAAUUAUUAAUGUACAGGGUUCAAAUAAUGAUCGUCAACGAACGGCGAUCGGUGUUCAACGUUCUGGAAAUGACAUUCAACGAAAUAAUGUAGAAGGUCAAAGUCCCGUUAUUUCUUUUCAACGAACAGCAAUCGGCAUUCAAGCUGCAGGGGAUAUCAAUCAGCGACCUAUAAUUAAUACAGGAGGAGCAAUCAGUAAAAGCCGUCGAACGGUGGCCACAAAUUCAGUAAAUAGAGAGCUAACGGAGCGUCAAGCACCGCCUGUAAGCACCGAAAGGAGGACAAUAGCUGUUAACACAAUAUCUGGUAACCAAAGCGGUAGUCUGAAUUCAAUCACAGGAACCACAAGUCCAGAGUCUAAUCGAAUAAUGGGAAUUUCUGGAAACUCCUGGCAAACAGGUCCUCAAACUGUAGCUAUUCAAGAACGUGGGACAAGACCAGUUUCAUUAAUAACCCAAUUAAACAAUCGUAACGCAUUUGAAAAUUCAAUCGGAGAGCUACUAGCUCAGAUAAAUGCACAACAACUUUCUACAACGAUGGAAAACACAGUUUCGAUAACACCAUUAGACCCAAUGUUCGAUUCAUCAAUACGUGUUGUUCCCUUAAACAAUAUCGACAAUUCAUUGCUCAACAAUAUGCCACAGGGACCGCCGAUACAGAUAUUGAACAACACUGAAAUACUGCCAUCAGCAAUAGCUGUAACAAGCAACGUAAAUUCUAUUGAAGGAUCCAACACAUUUGAUCUUUUAAACAGUUUAGCAGCAAAUAGGAUGUCGAUGCCUGAUAGUCCGAUGGCGAAUAGUCUAACAGCUGAACAAAUCCUGGCAGCAAUGGCGGUAGCGCAAUCUCGCCCCGCCAAGGAUGUGGUCAAUGAACCAAUUGUUCUGGAAAUACAACCUCAAAUCCUCCCUACUGAACCACCACUGAGUAAGGACAUCACCGACGCAUUGGUGCAGCUAUUGCGUGAAAAUCUUUUAAACCAAAACACGCCUCCACAAACAACGCCAGUACCCUUUAAGCAAGACGCUAUGCAGACACCUAAUCAGGUAUUAGUGUCUACAGGUGAGCAGCCGAAAGAGUUCCCACCGCUACUACCUUCUCCUCGUAGACAGACAUCUAGCCUAGCUACAAAUGCAACGGUUGUAGCCAACAUUAACCAACCAAAAGGCCUUACCAAAGCGGAUGUUCUUUGGAAAUGGGAAGCAUAGACAAACUCAAUAUAUCUGAUUUCCCCAUGCAUAUAAUAUUACAAAGAGGUCAUGUAUUCGUCAUUCUAAUCAUUUAAUUAUUAAUUAUGCUACAUUAUAUGUUUAGUUAUUUAAACCUAUCAUUUGAAUUAUCAUAGCUAUUUAAACUUGGAUGGUAAUGCUUUACAAUAUAUAAAUUGCUAAACACAUGACACUUUUUUUUUCCAUUUCUCAUCUUAUGUUGCUUUGUUGUUGUUGACUUAUUCAAUUAUUUUCAAUCCACAGUGUAGUCAAUAUGUAUGUGUAUCGUUAUAGUAUGUGUACGUUCUACUUAUAUUGUAUAAGCAAUGUCUUGCCUUACUGUUAGUUAUACGGGAUCUCUUCUGCCACUAUCGUUACUAUUUCAACUUUUUAUUAUUGCCUAUCUGUUUAAUCUUAGGGAUGUAUGCUCCGCACACUACACCUUAGUGUUACUUAUGACGUCGGGUAAAAAGGAAUUACCAUGUGUGUAUACUUGGGAUGGAGCAUUUUAUAUUCGUUAUUUACUCGUAUAUUUUCAGCUAUAUGUCUUACUUGAAGACAAUCUAUCAAGUUUCCUUUGGUAUCAACAACGUUUUACAUAUGGCUUACUUUACUGCUGUAUACCUAAAUCAACCUAAAGUGUGAGUAACUGAAAUAAAACAAAUCU